GGUCUGUUUUUCUGAGUAUUUUUUUUUUACUGAAUUUGUUUUUGUUUAGAGCGCAUUUGAACGCAUUAAUUCCUUUAUUGAGAGUUCGAUUUAUAACAACAUGGUUACAGGAUCAGUUGGACAGAUAUGGUACGCUCCAUGGAUACAAGAUGAUGCUUUUGAAAUGGCACGAAAAACAUUUUUCCAAAUGAGUGCAAUGCGCUUCCGUACCUGUUUUUUUUUUUUUACUUAGCUGGACUUUGUAUCUUAUAUCAUCUCUGGACAUCCACUAAGAAGUUAUGUCUUUGUUAGCUGUGUUGUUUGCUUUGUGUUUACUUGUGUCUGUCACGUCGGUCGCUGGUCAAGCAAAACCCGCCUCUGGUUCCUCGUAUGUCGCAGCUGUUUAUGAGCAUCGUGUGUUCCUGAACCCGGAGCCCAGUGUCAUUGUGUCACGAGCAGAGGCUCUGCAACAUAUGCAGAAAAACCUGGAUGUCUACGAGGAGCAAGCUGCACGGGCCGCACAACAGGGCGCCCAGAUCCUGGUGUUUCCAGAGGACGGUCUUCAUGGUUUUAACUUCAGCAGGUCAUCCAUUUCUGGCUACCUAGAAACCAUUCCUGACCCCCAGCAGGAGAAGUGGAAUCCAUGCACAGAGCCGGGCAGAUACAACAACACAGAGGUUCUCCAGAGGUUGAGUUGUAUGGCACGACAGUACAACCUCUACCUGGUGGCCAACAUGGCUGACCUGCAGCCUUGCCCCCUGCAGAGCAGCCCUUCCUCCUCCUGUCCUCCUGAUGGACACUGGCAGUUCAACAGCAAUGUGGCUUUCAGCUCUGAUGGUCAGCUGGUGGCACGCUACCACAAAUACAACCUAUACUUUGAGAAGUCCUUUGAUGCACCACCACAGCCAGAGAUCAUAACGUUUGACACUCCUUUUGCUGGGAGGUUUGGUCUCUUCAUCUGCUUUGACAUCCUUUUUCGUGAACCCACAGUUUCCCUGGUGGAGAUGGGUGUGCGGCAACUGAUCUACCCCACAGCCUGGAUGAACCAGCUUCCCCUGCUGGACGCCAUCCAGUUCCAGAGGGCGUUCAGCCUGGGUGCUAAUGUCACUCUGUUAGCAGCCAACAUUCGCAAUGAUCAACUAAUUAUGACAGGAAGUGGUAUCUACACCCCUUUUUCUGCCACCUUCCACCACGCACAGAGGGGGGACCCCGAAGAGGGGAGGCUGCUGGUCGCCACAGUGCCAGUUUUACAAGAGGGUGGAGUUGAAGCGACAUCAUCUUCGUCCACUGACUCCGGCUACUGUUUCAAAGAAGGCUGUUUUACUCCUUUGCAUCGGGAAACCACCUCUGCGGUCUCUUCUGCCACCUUCAUCUCAUCCAUGAUGUAUGAUCCAUUCACAUUCGUCCUGCUGAACAAGACAGAGGACGAGCUUGACGUGUGUGACGGCGCCUUCUGCUGUCACCUGCAGUACCGCCAGUAUCCACAGGGCGACCGUAAAGAGCUAUUCGCGCUGGGGGCAUUCGCUGGAACGCACACUGUGAACGGACGCUACGCCCUGCAGGUGUGUGCAUUGGUCCGCUGCGCAGGGUUGGAUGAAAGUUCCUGUGGACAGGAAGUGGAAGUGGCAGACACUAAAAUGGACUUCCUGUUGGAGGGGAGGUUUGGGACCAGAUAUGUGUACCCGUUAAUUUUGUCCAGUAAUAUGAUCCUGGAGCAGCCAGAGCAUCUGGGAAAGACCAUGGAUGACAAAGUGACCAUGAUGCACUCAAACAUGACCGGUGGCCUGGUCACUGCCUGUCUGUAUGGAAGAAUGUACCACCUUGACAAUCAGUAAUCUUGAGAACUGAAUGUAAAUUGCCACAGUCUGAUCUUCAUUUCUCCACUGUGAUGAUUUGAUUUUUACUGUUUUUAAAGAGGUCAGGUUUCCUGGAAACCUGAAAAAAAUAGGACAGAUUUAAAUGAAAUUGUCUGGGAAACCAGAUUCAGGAUCAUUUUUAAAACAAUAAUAAACAUUGCCAGAUAGGGGAGUGUAUUGAUUACUCAGCUAGAACACAUUGGUGACACAAAUCAAUAAUAAAUUGUUACCUCAUCAUUAUAAA